GAUCCACCCCUGUCCACCAGUUAACGGGCAGGUGGGACACUGCCUCUCAAUUCAGAAAACAACAGAGGAAGACCAGUCCAGACAUGAAGUGGAGGCUAUCUAACGUUGGUCUGGAUGACCGUGUACCGACUCUGGCAGACCUGGAGAGGCUGGAAAAAGAGGAGGCUGGACAGAGGCCCAAGUGGGACAAUAAGGCUCAGUACAUGCUUACCUGUAUCGGAUUUUGCAUUGGACUGGGAAAUGUUUGGCGCUUUCCUUACCUGUGCCAGAGCCAUGGAGGAGGUGCAUUCAUCAUCCUCUUCCUGGUCUUGGUGAUCCUGGAGGGGACACCUCUUCUCCUCAUGGAGUUUGCCAUCGGCCAAAGGCUGAGAAAGAGCAAUCUAGGGGUGUGGCGAGCCAUCCAUCCAUACCUCGGUGGAGUCGGUAUUGCCUCCAUGAUGGUGUGCUUCCUGGUGGCCCUGUAUUACAACACCAUUAUGACAUGGGUGCUGUGGUAUCUUUUUAACUCUUUUCAAGACCCACUGCCAUGGAGCCAUUGCCCUGCCAACGACAACAGAACAGGUCUGGUUCCUGAGUGUGCUCUGAGCUCCCCCAUAGACUACUUCUGGUACAGAGUGACCCUCAACUCCUCAGCUAGCAUCAGUGACCACGGUGGUCUGCAGUGGUGGCUGGUCUUGAGCCUAGCAUGUGCAUGGAUUCUUCUCUAUACAAUCUGUGUCAAGGGCAUUGAAUCUUCUGGCAAGGCUGUGUAUGUGACAUCCACUCUACCCUACGUGGUUCUGUUUAUCUUCCUGAUCCGAGGAUUAACCCUUAAAGGUUCUUUAGUUGGACUUAAAUACCUUUUCACUCCUGAUUUAAGUGAGCUGCUGAACCCGAGGACGUGGUUGGAUGCAGGUGCACAGGUCUUCUUCGCCUUUGGUACUGCUUGGGGCGGUCUCGUCUCUUUCUCCAGCUACAACUCGGUCCAUAACAACUGUGAAAAAGAUGCAAUAAUCCUAUCGGUGGUCACAUGUGUUACCUCUGUCUACGCUGCUGCAGUUGUCUACUGCAUCAUAGGCUUCCGAGCAACAGAGAAGUUUGAGCACUGCACAAGUGGGAACAUCUUGGCGUUGCUAAAUGCCUUUGAUUUAGCUGAGGAAAGCAUCACUGAGGAUAACUAUGAGACAGCUCUUCAGAGUCUCAACAGCACAUAUCCCAGUAUUACUCAGAGUCUGGAGCUACAGACAUGUGACAUGCAGAAACUACUGAGUGAGGGUGUGGAAGGGACAGGUUUGGGUUUCAUAGUCUUCACAGAGGCCAUCAUCAACAUGCCCAUCUCUCCCCUGUGGUCUGUCUUGUUCUUUGUCAUGCUUUGUUGCCUGGGGCUCUCGAGCUUGUUUGGGACCAUGGAGGGGGUGAUCGUGCCCCUUCAGGACCUGCACAUCUUCCCUAAGUCAUGGCCCAAAGAGGCCAUCUCAGGGGUGGCCUGUUUAUUUGCCUUCGUCAUUGCGUUAGUGUUUACCUUGCAGUCUGGGCAGUACUGGGUGACGCUCUUCGACUCCUUCGCAGCGUCCAUCCCUCUUUUCUUGCUGGCGUUUGUGGAAAUAAUGGCAGUGGUUUACUUAUAUGGAAUAGAGAGAUUUAAUGAAGACAUUGAGUUUAUGAUUGGACACAAGCCCAACAUAUACUGGCAAAUCUCAUGGAAGUUCACAAGCCCCGUCAUACUAUUAGUCAUUCUCCUUGCUUAUUUAAUCACUCAAGUGACACAAGAGUUGACCUAUUCUGUUUGGGACCCUAGCUCUGUGGAUUUUCCAACAUUAACUGAGUUACCGUAUCCUGGAUGGGUGAAUGCCGUUAUCUUCGUCCUGGCUGGUGUUCCAAGCUUGCUUGCACCUUGUGUAGCUUUGGCUAAGUUUCUUUAUAACCACUUCAGUAAGAAAUAGCACCUGCCAUCCAAAUAAAAAAAGGCAUAGUGUCAACUGAGAGAUCUUUUUCAUGAAUUUGCAUAGUAAAAAUAAAGGCAGAAACAAAGUGAGUGAGUGAGAGAGAGAGAGAGAGAAAGACAGAGAGAGAGAGAUUGUUUUGUAUAGAGCAUAUUGUGUAUUGUUUGUAGAAAGCUGUAAAAAGCUAUCCGUUGGCAGCUUGAAAUAACAGAAUGAUGUACAUUUUCAAUGUUCAACUGUAAAUUAAUGAUUUUGUCGUAACAAUAAUAUGUACAGUAAAGGUGAUGAAAUGUUACAUUUUGUUGAAACUCUGACUAUAACCAUGCAUACACUUUACAAAUGGAUGGCCAAAUCAGAGAUGAUGACGUCUUGACAUUUUGAUUUGUAAAACAUGCAGUCAAUUGUGUUCAGAUAUGAAUGAUUAAAUCAUUAUUAAAAUAAUUGAAAAUGA